UCCGAAGUCUGGUCCUUGUCAAGUGUGGACACCUCACAGCUAGAAGAAAACACUUGACAGUGAAAAACCGGCCUGGCCAGAAGGAAACCGGCUGUGACCAGUGAAGACUCCACAAAAGCCCACCGCAAAGAGGGAGAAGACUCCACCUGGGGGCCUGGAGGAAAUCAACUACCUGCCGUCCACCUGUCAGUCCAACAGCCAAAAAGGGCAACAUGGCCGAGUCCAAGUCACUCGAAGAGCUGAAAUUGGAGCGAACUACAGUAAAAAGACUUUUUUCCCGACUCGCCAACCAUAUAAAGAGGACCCACAUGGAGAUGUCUGUAGAGGAGCUACAAGAUAACUUCAAAAGACUCACAGCGGAGGGCGCCAAAGUGAUGGAUGUAAAUGAGGAGGUUGAGGCUGCUUACAUUGAACUCGGCAGAGGAACCGAAGCGGAAGGCGCACCUGAGUUAAGUGACCAGCAGAGAGCCGACCUCGAGAAGACGGAGAAAGAGUGUGAGCAGAAGUUAAAAGAAGGAAAGCACCUAGUUCAGGAGACACUAUGGGCCUCAUUUGGUGAGAGAGAACUGACCCUUGCUCUAAAAGCUGCAGAGGCAGAGUGUGAGAACGUCUUCUCCGCUCAGCCUAACACACCCCUGGAGGCGUAUGACUUUAUGCUCCACCAUUUAGAGAGCCUGGUGCACAAAGCCAAAGAAGCGCACCAGACCUGGAACCGCUGGGCUCCCCCAGCCGAGAAGCAAGACUCCACUCGUCGGCUAACGGAGCUCGAAACCCAACUUCCUAAGCUGGUGUCAAGGAAAGCCGCCCUGAUCGGAGCAGCAAGAAUUAAAGAGGACACCAAGAAGGUACCCGUCACAGCCCACAGCGCAGCCCCUGUUGCAGCCAUAAAGCUCAAAGCCACAGCUUUACCAAAAAGAGAGAAAAAAAAAAGGGCCGAGAUUCUACUUCAUGUCUCAUCAAGUCCAAUUUUCCUUGGGUUUAUGGCUCUGUUGCCAUGGUAG